CAUAGGUCUAGCUUCAUGUUGCAAGAAAAAAAUGAGGUAGAAAAGCAGUCAUCUCAGAAAGGUGCUACCCCAGCAUCCUUUCAGCUCCGGACACAGGCAUGCAGAUUAGUUGAGAUACUGAAUGAUGUAAUACGCAGUAUGAAGAAGGAAGGAGAAUGGAAGGUACUCGUUAUGGAUCAUACCAGUACACGCAUUCUCUCGUCCUGUUUUAAGAUGUCAGACCUUCUGGCUGAAGGAAUCACAAUUAUUGAAGAUAUUAACAAACGACGAGAACCCCUCCCCAGCCUGGAAGCCAUCUAUUUGAUCAGCCCUGUUGAGACGUCAGUGCAUGCUCUGAUAAAUGACUUCAAAGGCACCCCUACUUUUGCAUACAAGGCUGCCCAUGUCUUCUUCACUGACACCUGCCCUGAAAAUCUUUUUAAUGAACUCAGCAAGUCCCGAAUUACCAAAGCUAUCAAGACUCUCAAGGAAAUCAAUGUCGCCUUUCUUCCAUAUGAAUCACAGGUGUAUUCCCUGGAUAACCCUCAGAGCUUCCACCAUCUCUUUAGUCCAUACUGCAGGGAAGAUAAGAACAAACACUUAGAACGAAUGGCGGAACAGAUUGCCACCUUGUGCGACACCUUGAAGGAGUAUCCCUCAAUUCGCUACAGGAAUGGCUCUGAAGACUGCUUCCUGCUGGCUCAUGCUGUUUUAGCAAAGCUGAAUGCCUUCAAAGCAGACAAUCCCACCAUGGGAGAGGGUCCAGACAAAUCUCGCUCACAGCUUCUGAUUGUUGACCGGAGCUAUGACCUAGUGUCCCCACUUCUGCAUGAGCUCACUUUCCAGGCCAUGGCCUAUGACCUGCUCAACAUCCAGAAUGACACUUACCGGUAUGAAUCCACAGGCAUUAGUGACUCAAGGGAAAAAGUGGUACUCUUGGAUGAGGAUGAUGACUUGUGGGUGCACCUCCGCCACAUGCACAUUGCUGAUGUUUCCAAGAAAGUGACAGAGCUGCUGCGUACUUUCUGUGAGAGCAAGAGGCUCACCACAGACAAGGCCAACAUUAAGGACCUGUCUCAAAUCCUGAAGAAGAUGCCCCAGUACCAGAAAGAACUUCACAAGUAUUCUACACAUCUACACCUGGCAGAAGACUGUAUGAAUAACUUCAAAGGCACAGUGGAGAGGCUAUGCAGCGUGGAGCAGGACCUAGCCACAGGUUCAGAUGUUGAAGGGGAGAAAGUUAAAAAUGCAAUGAAGACGAUUGUACCAAUUGUCCUGGAUACCAGCGUGACAGCAUUAGAUAAGAUCCGCAUUAUCCUGCUUUGCAUCUUCCUCCAGAAUGGCAUCAAUGAAGAGAACUUGACCAAGCUCAUCCAGCAUGCCAAUGUACAACAGGAGAGCGACAUCCUGUACAACAUGCACUGUCUGGGUGCUGCCAUCAUGCCAGAGGACACUGGUGGACACAUGAAGCCAGCGAGGAAAGUGCGGUUGGAGCCCACCUAUCAGCUCUCCCGAUGGAUCCCUAUUCUUAAGGAUGUUAUGGAGGAUGCCACUGAAGACAAGCUGGACAAGAAGUUGUGGCCCUAUGUGUCUUGCCCAGCCCCUGGCCCAUCCUCGCAAGCUGCCGUGAGUGCCCGCUUUGGUCAUUGGCACAAGACCAAGACAGCAACUGAGUACCGAACUGGCCCUCGCCUCAUCCUGUAUGUGCUGGGUGGUGUUACUAUGUCAGAGAUGCGCUGUGCCUAUGAAGUCACAGAGGCCACUGAUGGGAAGUGGGAGGUGCUGAUUGGUUCCUCUCACAUCCUGACCCCCAAGCAGUUCCUGGAAGAUGUGCGCAAUCUGACAGAGCAAGAACCACUGAAGUCCUAAGCUCAACUAUGGCUCUCUAAAGAGACUUGCUGACAGCAGUUCUAUUUAUCUGCCCAGAUGAAGUUUUUCUCAGUGUGAUGGCUUGCAUCAUAUACCUGUGUUUUGCUUCUCUCCUUUUAAGACUGGCCCUCAGCCUGGCCUUCUUGCAGCCAGCUAUUUUGAAUGAACCUGACACUGGGAGGACUGUGUGCAAGUCAAGGAUGUGGGUCCAGCAAUCUCUUAUGAGUCCCUAAUUUCUCACCGUGGUGAGGUUUCUGGUUGCACUUUAUUUUUCUCUUCCCAUCUUUCCUCCAACCCUUCCUCCCAAAAUGAGGAAGAUGAAUGGCAGAUUUAUAUCUAAUGAAGAUCAAUAACCCCUUCUAUCUUUCUGUCACUGUAGUUAUUUGCUCCCUCAAACUCAGGGAGGAGGGAGUUUCUAGGAAUGUACUGUAUUUGUCAUCUAAAUGCAUAUAUUUGGAGUUGCCUGGUCUCCAUCAAUGCUCUGAUUUUUUUCUUUCUUUGCAAAGAUAGUUGACCCCAGAAGAUUAUUUUGUUACUGUUUUGACAAAGUGUUUAAAGGAUAAUUCAUCCCCAGCAGGGAAAACCUGAUGCAAUCAAAGCAGUAGCUAUCCCCAUGCACCCAGCUUGGUGAGCCUAAGAGCUGUACUGAUAACUGAGAUAAGACAAGGAUGAUUUGCUACUUUCAAAAGACAUGGGAAGAUGUAUUUAUAAAAGGUGUUGUGUGCUCUUUGCAUUGCAAGAGUUGUAUAAUUUUGCUAAAAAAUCCCAGAGUCUUCAAAAUAAAAGUGAAAAUAAAGAAUA